UAUAUAAUCUGCGGUGCCAUGUAUCAAACGAUGAUCUCUUCGGUUUUUCGUCUGUGACACAGUUUGACAGCUGACAAGGCAAGGGGAGUGAAUUGAUUUUUUCGAAAAUGUCGUUGGCAGACAAGAUAACGAUGUUAAUGGCGCGGCCAGGGGGCGAGAAUGCCCAGAAAGAUGACAUCCCCUGGUGGAUGCGCUACGCUGGUCGAGGGCUGGGAACAGUUGGCAGUUUCAUCGCCAUUAUCCUCGGUCUGCUGAACUGCACGGGCAUCAUAUUCCUGAACGUGAGCUGCCUCAUCGCCGGCAUCUGGCAGAUGCUGGCCGGCUUCCUGGUAAUCGUCUGCGAGGCGCCUUGCUGCUGCUUCUUCAUUGACUACGUGCAAGUGCUCUCGGACAAGGUGGAGUCGCGCCCUUAUUGGAACAAGGCGGCGCUUUAUAUGGGAUUAGCGCUGCCACCCUUUUUCCUGUGUUUCUUCGCACUGAGCACUUGGUUCGGCAGCGGGCUGAUUUUCGCUACGGGCAUCAUCUACGGCAUGAUGGCGCUAGGAAAGAAGGCGUCAAUAGAUGACAUGAGGACGUCGGCUGCCAACCUGGAGGCGGGCGUGGGCCAGCCGACCACGGCGCCGCGCGCCACCCUCGUCACCAACGAGCAGCCUUUCAGCUUCACCGGCCCGCCCACCAAGUCAUAACGACCCGGCUCACGCUCCUCUGUUCGUAUGUUCCAGAGACCUACUUAUGUUGGUUAAUUUCAUAGCUAUUUAUCGCUCUUCAAUGCUCUUCGGUUAUUAGUAUGUUUGAGAGACCUACUUAUAUUGGAUUGUGUUCGCGUCGUAACCACUUUGUCACUCAUAUAAGUUACAAUGCUCCUCGGUUGGUUUUUGUAUGUAUGCGAGAUCUAGUUAUAUUGGUUUGUUUUGAAUUUUAAUCUGACUUUGAUUAUUGCAACACUUUCACAUACUGUGCUUGGGGUGUCUUGAAUAAUUCUUAAUAUAGCAAAUGACAUCUUGCGGUAAUACACAGCCACUAUAGCACAAUAUGUGAAUAAAUAUGUACGCUCCAAGUUAAAAUAAUAUCUAAAGAUUUUUUUUACAUUUAGCUUCACUGAGCUAUCUGCAAUACAGUGGUGUGCAUUUUAUAAAUGCAUUGCUUACCUUCAAAUCGUAUUCCUUUUAGUGUAUUAGAUAUCUGUUACUUGUCCAUAUAUACAAGUACAUUGCACCUGUCCACGUUACCUUUAUAUUAUGUUGCUAUUUAAAAAAAUGGCUGAAGCUAGAUGAAACUUCUUUCAGACUUGAAAUGCUCUAUGGUUAGUUUAUUUGGGAGCCCAAAUUAUACUGGUUGAUCUCUAUUUAACCUCCAAAUGAUCUCUGCGCGAUAAAAAUAUUUUUUAAUCAACAAAUAUUUUCCUAACAUUAUGCUAAAUGUGUUUUUGAACUGAAUUUAAAUAUAUGCAAUUUAGAUUUUUUCCGUCAUAUCUACAUAUACGAAUAGAUAAAAAGAUGUUUAAUUUUGGGUAAAAAUUUUGUACAAUAUCAUCAAAACUUGAAGAAAUAGUUAAGCUUUCAUUCUCAAUAUAAUAGUUGUUAAACAAUAUAAUGUUGAAGUAAUAAAUUGUAUUUUAAUAAUAAUUUUUGGGAUGCAUAGAUAGACAGACAUAUCUAAAAUAUGAAAUGUGUAUUGGCAUGAUUAUUUAUAUUUAUAUUUAAUAGUAAAUAUUGUAUUUUCCUCUAAUCAUAUUGAUAUGUCUUCUUGACUUAACUGUCAAGCUUAGAAAGAAACUAGAACUGCCAGUCCACCGAAGCGGAGCGAGGCAGCGGAGCCGAGAAACGGGGAAAUAUUAACCAAUAGGAUUGCACAAAAUCCCCGCUCCCCUUCAGUGGACAGGGACUUGCGAGCUAGUUUAAAAAUUCAUGUAAAAUCGGUAAGCGGAGCGGGGAAUCACGUCAACAAGUCGGCUCCGCAUUACUUUCUUACUCCGCUACGCAGCCUCGCUCUUCUCUAGUGUAUAUACACAGUACGUAACUCCGCUCCGCAUUCAUCCGUUUCUCCGCUCCGCUGCCUUGCUCCGUUUUGUUGGACAGGCAGCCUAUGGCCUGCAUUAGAUAUUAUUGAUAGGCAUUAUUUAGUCAUCUUCUUAUUUACGCUGAUAAGUAACAUUUCUGUAUUCGCCUGAAUGGCAUGGUUGCCUGUAGUUACAGCCAUAUGAGGCUUUAACACAGACUCCUUAGGUUGAUGGAUCCUGGUCCGAAUGAUUUUUGAUUAACCAAUCAAUGAAAAAUCAUUAUUUCUGUGGUGGUCAAACUCAUAUCUUAUCUAUCAGAUUAAAUAUAGAAUUAUUAUCAAGCAUCAAUCACUAAUUAUAAUAUUAAUCUUUGAAUAGAAACAUAUUGCCCAAUACUGUAUUGCAACAAAAAAAUAUAGUGUAUGCCAAAUUUUAAUGGUACAGUACUUUUUAUAAACUGCUUGUACUAGUAAAUGCAACAUUUGGUUGCAUUUUCUUAUCUCCUAUAUUUGAGCCAUGGUUUUUUUUGUCCGGAGCUAUUGUGGCAAUGAUACUACCAUAAGCCACGUCAUGUGUGUUGCCAAAUUAUUUGUAUGCGCUUUACGACGAUCAUUCAACGGCGUGGCGACGCGUAUUGUGAACACUAUGGACUCGCCAUAUUUGCUGCACUAACCCGAAUUAUAAAUGUGUAACUACUCUGAUGUUAGGUACCAUUGUAUAUGGUGAAAUCAUGUUUAUUAAUUAAACGAAAAAAUCAUUAAGUAUAUUCAUAUAACGAAUAGAAAGUCUUCAUUUGUUAUGACAGGAACACGCCACGUGGUUUGUCUCGAGUCAUUUGUAAUUUUAACAUUCAAAGUAUCAAUUUCGAUUGAUGAUUUGAAGAUGUUUGAUUCGAAAUUCGUGGCAUCGCAUACUGUAAGUGACGUUUUGCAUGUUAUAUUCCCAUGUUAUUAGUCUAGUUGUAGGUCAUAUUACUCGUGAAAUCGAGUACACUUUGGGAGUUCAUUUUUAUGGACCAAUAUAUCUACGAGUAUAUAGAUUUGAAAUGGCAUUUAUUGUAUAAUAACUUUGUCUAAAUAUUUUGAUAGAUUUAAAACUUCGCGGAUAUAAUUGCGUCAGUUUACAACUUGUUUGUGUAUCCGGCUCGAAGGACCAUAAGUAAAGCUUAUGGUCAAACACUGAGGGAUACAAGGCGAAAUAAUCACGGGAGCGUAUAAGAUAACCAUUGGCUUUUCCAAAUAAUGCAGAUACGGAGCAUUGUCGAUGUUCGCUUAAGCCGUUUUCGCUUUUAUCGCGGGCCAAUGUGAAGCCAUAUAUAUUUUGUAUGGAAAUGUAAUUUGAUCAAUCAAUCAAUAUAAAAUAGAUGCUCUGUUGUAUGAAUUCAGCAGGAAACUUCAGGACCCUAAAUCAAUCUUACUUUUUGAUAAACAUCUUCUACCUAUAACGUUUUAGAAGAGCCUUGUUUCAUUAUUAGAUCAAUUGUUGAUCUUCUUAAUGUAUUAUGAAUUACGAUAUAUUACAUAUUAUUAUGUAUAGAAGUGUAUUAGAUAGUGAAUUAUUGUGUGAUGUUUUAGGAUGACAUUCAAGUAUGUGUACUUUAAAUUAUUUUGAGCAUUAUUUGCACUAUAUUGUACCAGCUAGGUAAUUUGUAUACAUUUUUUUUUAGUUUCAAACCAAUAUUAUAGAAUAGUUUCCAAGACUAUCAGAGACAUUCAUUGUAAUAUUUAUUUAUUGUGAUUAAAAUUAUUUUUUAAAUGAAAUUUUUGUUAGUUAAAUUUUACUUAUAAAAAAAGACCAAUUUUUUAAAAUUAAUCAUUAAUUGUAAUAUAUUUUUUCUUUUUUUUUUAAAUGUAAAUAAAUACAUGAUGUAACAUUCCAUAGGAAAUUAAUCCUUUAAAUUACUACUUUAAAUUAUUACUAUUGAAAAAGUAUUUUACAAGAACAUCUUUAGUAAGUUUGUCUAGCAUGUGCAGUAGAUUGUGUUGAACAACAAACAGAAAGCGUUCUUGUUAGUCUAGUUGUUGUAUACUUAGCUGAAGACUAUAUUCUGCACAUAAUUUGUAUGUUAGCUAACACAUACGUUUACCACUUCCACUGUUAUUGACUAAUUAACCAAUUAAUAUUUUGGCAACUUCUAGUUGCUUUUGUGUCAACUUCCAAACUGUCGUUCAACUUAUACAGGGCGGCAAGUUGCAAUUUUUUACUGUUGAGAAUUUACAUAUUAUUUCAUUCUUUACAAUCAUAUUCAGUUUGUUAUGGAUAUUUUUCCCGUCCAACAAAUCUCAAUGAAUUAAAACACGGAAAAAAUUCCACACAGUUUAUGGAACACUAAGAUAUUUGUCUCUUGUAACUCUGGGUUAGUCUACCUAUCAAAAUCAGUUUAGAAAUUUUGGAAAUUAGCAUGAACUAAAAGACACAUUUGUCAAAUGUAUAGAUUAAAAUAUUAUCUGCCGUUUUCAUUGUAUAAUCUUUACUGCAGACAUUUUUCCAAUUACCAGUUUGUUGAGACUUGUUAUUGAUAUUUUUGUAACAUAAAAAUAUGUUAGGAGGAUUUAAAAGUAAUAAGUAUUAUUAAAAGACCCUAGUCUUUAGGUAAAUGUUAAUUCUAGGUUAAAAACUUUGCUCAUUCAGCCAACAAUUAACUUCAUUUAUAAAAUUUUUUAAAACCUCAUUUAUUUAUGGAUCAUUUAUUUUGUCUGGCAACAUUGUAAUAUCAUGAAUGGUAGGUUUAUAUGUGCUUCCUUAUGUUUAGUUUGUGUAAUAGUUAAUAAUGUUAAUUAAUUUUUAUUUUUAAUACUUCAUAUUAUUUUAAGAAUAAUAAAACAUUAAAUAUUCCUUAUUAUGUAAUGAUGUAUAUAUUUUAUGCUGUUAUUUAAAAAAUGGUUUGUUACUUUUAGUGCAUAAUAUGAAAAAGAUUAAUGAAAAGCUUUACUGAAAGCAAUCUAGAAAAAUUAACUUUCAGUAAUAUUUUUUUUCUAAAAUCAGAUUUAACAAUAACAUGUUACAUUGGUCACAUUACUGAGAUACACCAUGAUUGGUUACUGUUAAAUUAUGGAAAUAUUUCAUUAUACAUAAAAUAAUUAUUUAUAUUUUUAGCUGUACAGGGUUGCCAAUGGUUUUAAUUUGAUUGUGUACAAAUCUUGACCACAAAACUGACUGAUAUAAAUAGAGUUGCCAAAUUUUGCAAUAUCAAUGUUAAACAUCACAGGCCAAUUCAGAUUUCUGGUAAUGUUUUGUAUACAGCCAAAUUAGUUCCAAUGUUAUGCACAGGAUUUUAACUUGAUUUUGCUAGUAGUAAAAGAUAAGAAAUAUGUAUUGUUUGAAUGUUGUGUAAUGAUUUGUAGUUAGCCACUUGGUUAAAAAUGGUAUAAUUUUUAACUCAUAGUGUGGCAACACUGUUCAUAAUUAUAUUACAGGUAGCUUCAAUUUAAUCUAUAUAAUAUUAUGGUUAUAAAUAGUUGGUAGCUAUUAAUUAGUGCAUUGUUUCUUGUCAAUACAUGUUAAAAAGUUUAGGAAGGCAUAUCUGUAAUAAAUGUGUGUACAUUGAG